CAUCUCUGCCCAUAUGAGAAGUCCCUCUCCAGCUGUCUUGCAGAUGCCCUGUAGGUCCUGGUUGGAUGCUCUAAGGUCUCUCUGGAAUCCUUCAGGCUGAACAAUUCCAACUCUCUCAGCCUUUCCUCAAUGGAGAUGUGCCCAUUGUGUCCAUUGCUACAGUAAGAUUGCCCGAGAUGGGCAUAAAUAUGAAAUAAAUCAGUCAAGAGCAAUUGGUGGUGUCGCUAAGAUUUUCACACUUGAUUAACUUCAUUAUCAUUUGCAAAUGUUGGGGAAAACAGAAGAUGUUUCCUUGUUAUGUGUUGAGAUGAAUUUCUUAAAUGAAUGCCUGAAGAAGUGCAAAUUGAGGUAAUACUUUAGAAUGUUCUGGCUUUUAAUUAGAAUAUUUGUUACUUCCCAGUAAUUAUGGCUUUUCUGCAAGAGCAAAUGUUCUGUAUGAUGCAUAAAAUGUUAAGCAUAAUAGAUGCAGUAAAGCUCUGAAAAGAAAUUUGUAUAAAAACUAAUAUGAUUUCCAAAGAAAAUUUUAUUUGUCAGUUUGCUAAUUGGGUGCCUGGAGUUUUCUGCAGCCAAACUUUGCUUUUACUUGGACAUUUAGUGUAUGGACCAGUGACCCAAUACAUAUUAAGCCUUGGUUAAUUUAAAUUCAUGUUGGAUCAACAGCAGAAGUAAGUUGUUUUGAUUCUUUCAGAUAAAACCAACGAGUUCAAAAUAAAGUGGUGUUUUUACUCCUUGGAAUAAAAUAAUGCUUAAGCUCACAGUUUUCCUUCACUUCAAGUAGCUGGAGCUUGCUGCUGGAACAGGUUGUAUUUUCUUUUUUCAUAAUCUGUAAGCUUCUGUGGGCUAGGUUUUGAAGCAAAUAACAAUUUUCAUGGGGUAGAUCCAGGCAUCUAUCUGGCUUAAAAAUAACACCACCAAAAGAAAAGUUCUCAGUCAGACCAGUUCCCUUAUCCAGUUUGAUGCUUGGAAAAGUGAGCAUAAAGUACCAGAGCAAGGUCAUGCAGGUAUGGGGCCUUUAGGGCUCCUCUUUAUGGGGGUAGGCUGUAUUCAUAUCAGGUUACAAUGAUUUUGAGCCAGAGCAUGAAAUAUUGUUAUUGCUAUAUAUUCAGAGGGAAACUAGAUUGAAAAAUGAGGCAGAAAUUAAGGCUUUGCAGACCUGAGUACUGACGUGCAUAAAUUUUAAGCAUGUCUUUAAAAUUCCAUGUUUGCAGCAUGUUAUUUUAUACUUGUAGUAGCAUAGAGUCCUUAAGAUAAUGUUGAAAUAUGUGUCUGAGAAUUUAGCAAAUGUUUUUCUGAAUGUCUCAAGCGAAAUAAUAAGCAGUAGUACCUGAGACAGUUAGAAUUUCUUGAGAGCAAAGAGUCUCAAUGUGCUCUCUAAACAUUGACAGUGAUCAAAACUAAAAUGAUAUUUGAAAGAUACAUUAUCUAAAAAUUUCUGUGAUUGUGUGUAAUUGAUUAUUGACUGCAAUUGGUUUUGCAUACAUGUGUGUAAUAUGGCCUUGAAGCUGUUUCUUUUCUUAAAAUUGACUUUGCAGAAAUACUGCUUUAUUACUUGUGUUUACAACCUGACUGUAUUCACAAGCAUGUUUGUAAUAGUGAUAAAAUAACAUACAUAUCAAAAAAAAAAGAUAAUUAUUAAACUUCAAAUGCAGGGCUAAUCAGUUGUGUCACUACAAGUUCUGUCAAAACAACUGAGUUGUGUACUUUCUACAUGAAGGCAUAGCUUGAAUGCCACUGGAGUGCUGAAGGAUUAGUAAGACCAAAAUAAUUCAAAUGGUGAGAUAGGACAGAAAUAUUUUGUCUUGCAUGUGAGUAUGUUAGAAAAGAAUUCAUCUUGUUUAAAGUCAAAGAUGACUUUGUAGAUCUGGCUGCUAGACUAUUUUUUCUUCCCAUAUUUAAGGUGGUAAUCAUUUGAAAAUUAUGAAAAACAUGAAGCCCUGGUUUAGAGCUACUUCUCAUGCAGAAGUCCAGAAUAUUUGUAGAGUAGUCUACUGAAAAUUAAAUUAUUGUAUCGACCUUUCUCUUAAUCUUACUUUCUGUGACAGGUUCAUCUGUUGAAACAAAACAUUUUCACACAUACAUAAAUGGAACAAUGAUUUCGAAAGUACUAUAGACAGUCCAGAAAGAGAAAUACAGUCUUUUGUCCUUAUAGAAGACUGGCUAAAAUGUCCCAGAUAAGGUUACAGAAAACAGAUCAGAUCUGGAAGAUUUACACCUUUAUGCAACUCCGCGGGAGCAACGGUUUCGUAGGUUUGCCAGUCUAGAAUUUGAAGGACAGCUGUACAUGACUCCACACGACUUCAUCCAGGCUGUUACAAGUGAUGAACCCAAACAUGCUAAAAAGUGGCGAUCCCUUUCAAAGCAGGAACUGAAUCAGAUCCUUAUGGAGACACCACCGGUUUGGAAGGGAUCAUCCAAACUUUUCCGUAAUCUUAAUGAGAAAGGUGUGAUAUCUUACACAGAAUAUUUAUUCCUCUUAUGUAUUUUAACAAAACCACAUGCGGGUUUUCGAAUUGCUUUCAACAUGUUCGAUACUGAUGGCAAUGAAAUGGUGGACAAAAAGGAAUUCUUAGUGCUCCAAGAGAUCUUCAGAAAAAAAAAUGAGAAGAGAGAAAAAAGAGGAGAUGAAGAAAAACGGGCAAUGCUGCGUCUUCAACUUUAUGGAUAUCAUACUCCUACUAACAGUGUUCUUAAAACAGAAGGAGAGGACCUUGUCCCCAGAAGCUAUUGGGAUACUUUGAGACGUAGCACAAGCCAAGCACUCUUUUCAGACCUUGCGGAGCGUGCUGAUGAUAUUUCAAGUUCACUGUCAGAUACUACACUGCUUGUACACUUUUUUGGCAAGAAAGGAAAAGCUGAACUGAACUUUGAAGAUUUUUAUAGAUUUAUGGAUAACCUGCAAACUGAGGUUCUAGAGAUAGAAUUCCUUUCCUACUCUAAUGGGAUGAACACCAUCAGUGAGGAAGACUUUGCCCAUAUUCUCUUGAGGUACACAAAUGUGGAAAAUACAUCAAGUUACCUGGAAAACAUGCGCUGCAGCAUUCCCGAAGAAAAGGGUAUCACAUUUGAAGAAUUUAGAUCAUUUUUUCAGUUUUUGAACAAUCUAGAAGACUUUACAAUUGCAAUGCAAAUGUAUAAUUUUGCAAGUCGUUCCAUAGGUCAAGAUGAAUUCAAGCGUGCUGUGUACGUAGCUACAGGUGUGAAGCUCUCACCACAUUUGGUGAACACAGUGUUCAAGAUUUUUGAUGUAGACAGAGAUGACCAGUUGAGUUAUAAAGAAUUUAUCGGCAUUAUGAAAGACAGACUCAAUCGAGGGUUUAGGGGCUACAAACCUAUACAGAGGUAUACCACUUUCAAAUCCUGCGUGAGGAAGGAGCUCUAUAGCAGAUAAAUGACGGAGACUCCAAAGUAUGGUUGGAAGGAAUAUUACUCUUGUGUGAUGACUGUAACCAGUGAGCAUCUCAGAGAUCUAUGGAAGCAAUUUCGGAGACGAGAUAUGCUGAGAUAAAGGAAGAAAGCAGGAUUAUCUGCACUGGGUAGAAUUAUUUAUUCCCACGAAUUCUUAAUGAAGAACAAACUAACCCAGGUGAAUGGUGAAUCUUCCAGCUGCAGUAGAAAACACAGGACUUCUUUUCCACUUAGUGUAGUGAUCAUCAACUCUUAAAACCACUUUUCAGUAUGUAUUUUAUUUAAUUGAUGAAUUAACUAUGCCAUGUGAGUGGGAGAACCCUUCUUUUGUAAGAAUACCUUUUGAAUAUUAUUUUUGAUUAUUUUGAGAUAAAUUUAUCAUUUAAAAGGAAACAAAAAUAAGUCUUAGACCUGGGCAGGAAGAUGUUUGGCAGUGAAGAGAAACUGCCUGCAUGAGCUUAGACUGUGAAUUUACUUUCAGAAGAGCACUGUUACAAGUUUGUGCUAAACUGAAAAUGAGACUACCUUAAGUAGCAUAACAAUUACAUAUGAGUUGAAUGGAAAAAUUAAACUCUUAGAGGCUAUUAUUUUACCAAGAGUAAAGCUGUUACGGUUAUAAUGUGAAUGAUAGGUAUUUACCUAGGAAAAGUACUGUAUGAACUAUAAUGUUCAGAUUCUCUAAGUCUUAUUAUUAUGUUUAUGCAUUUAUCCUUUAAAAAAUAGUACAGAUUUUAAGAUGUCUUACAAGCACUGUGUCAAAGAAAAGUCAAAAUGUUAAAAUUCAUGUAACACACACUUUGUAGUAUUUAUUAUAAAUUUUAUUGCCAUACACUGGUAUGUUUCUGAUAGAGUACAAAUUCAUGUGUUUCUUGUGAAUAGUGCACUUUUAUAUGAAGUGGCACUGAGUAGAAAUUAUAGCUGUCUAAUUUGCUACUCUGGAAUGCUGUAUCUGAAAACUAGAUAAGUAGCUUGUGUUUGUGUCAAACAAAAAAACAAAACAAAACAUGAAUGCAUGCACAGUACAGAACAACACUAAGUAAUAUUAUCUGAAUAAUACUUGUUUGCUAUUCAGCAACAGCAUUUUUCCUUACUCCCUAUUAACAUUAUUGUGAGGUAGUAGGAUUUAAAUCCACACAAAAAAGAACACAUAUUUUUUAUAACCUUUUUGAAAAGGUUUACUGGACAUUGGAUAAAUCUGUGUCUGUUUAGGAAAAGACUGUGCCUUGAAAAAAUUCCAGCUGAAUACACACACACACUUCAAAUAAUGUCAAUAAAUUAUCAUCAGAAGCAGAAAUAUUUGGUAGUCAGACAAUCAAAAAAGAACUAAAACAAUGUUUAAAUAUCUUACUACUACAAAUCAUGAAAGAAAACUCUUUGAAAUUUUAUUCAGUGCACACGUUGCUCAAUUGCCAUCCUAUAUGUCAUGUGAAUACAUGUAUGGCAUCUGUGUAACAGUGCACCUAAGUUUAGAAAUGCUUAAUUUAUAGUAAGAUAUAUCUCUGGUAGAAAAAUCAAAACAAAAUUAGAAAGAAGCUUUUUUUAAAGAAAUUCCACACUGGGAAUUGUAGAAAAAAUAUGUGAUAAGUGUGGCUUUUAUCUGAGAAAAAAAAAAAACCCAAAACCCAAGCCAGUUCAGAAAACUAUCAAAGGAUGAUACUUCAGUUAAUAUUUCACAAUAAAUAAAUUCAAAAUUUCCACCUUGGUGUCCUUAAACUACUGACAGCAAGAAAUAAAUAAAUUGAGAUAAAGGUUCUUGAAUUGACACAGCAGAACAUAUGUGUGAUCAUUUGGGGAAUCAACUGUAUGCAAUGUUUCGUCUCGGUACGCAAAACCGGCUCACUGCUUCUUGUCAGCAUGUGCAAAACCCACUUUGCUACUUCAGCGAUGAAGGACAAAGAGAAGAAAACAUUGGGGGUCACUGAAGGUGUUCCCAUCCUUUCUUUUCAUUCAUGACUGCACACUCGGAGUGAUCCUCAGAGGAAGCAGCAAUACCAUCAUCAUUGUGAUCCUCCACUGCCCCAGGCAACAAUGCACUUUGCUUUUAUGGCUGGCUUGAGGCAAUUUUAGCAUUUUUCUAUAUAUUUCCUAUCUAUGGUUACUUAAUAUAAAAUAGAAUGUGAAAGUGUCAGAUUAGUUUUUAAGACUAUUUUUUCUUCAUGUUUAAUAAUAUUAUUUAAUAUAAAUACGAAGAUAUACAUAUAAUAUUCUUGUUUAUUUCAAAAUAAAUGCACUCGAAACU